AUGGAACACUUUCGCUAUAAAAACAAUGGACUGGUCACACGCACGUCAACGGAUCAAGAGGAAUGUGAAUCGAGCUGUAGCCUGUUCUUCUUUCCACUUCCAGAGCUUCCAUUGGAUCAGCAAUUACAAUUGCAGCAAUUAAGCUUUAUUAACACGGACCUCGAGCCGCUUUUAAUGCGCGAAAAACACGUUACGUAUUUAAAACGUGCUCUUACACGGCUGUCCUCAGGUUUUGUGGCUCUAGAUGCCAGCCGACCAUGGAUUAUCUAUUGGAUCUUUCACGCGCUGGAACUGCUGGACGCUCUGCCAGAAGAUGAAACAGAGCGUGUCAUUGGGACGCUCAAACCUUUUUGGAACGAUGAACAUGGUGGAGGUUUUGGAGGAGGACCCAUGCAAUUGGGUCACACGGCUACCAACUAUGCGUCAUGUCUGACGCUUGCUUUACUCGGGACACCAGAUGCACUGGAAGCCGUGAACCGACAAGCAUUGUACCGGUUCUUCCUAGCGAGGAAGCAUGCGACCUCUGGAGCUUUUACUGCUCAUGUUGGAGGUGAGGCGGACGUCCGCGUGACGUACUGCGUCAUUUCCAUCGCAAGUCUGUACGGCAUUUUGACCGACGAACUCAAGGCUGGCGUUGUGAAUUAUGUGCUGUCGUGCCAGACAUACGAGGGUGGCUUUGGUGGUGAGCCAGGUAACGAGGCUCACGGUGGAUAUGCAUUCUGUUCUGUCGCAACGCUCUACAUUCUCGGAGCUAUCGAUCAAAUUCGUGACCUACCUGGAUUGCUCCAUUGGCUUGCAAAUCGGCAGAUGCCCUUCGAAGGCGGAUACCAAGGACGAACCAACAAGCUUGUGGAUGGCUGCUAUAGCUUCUGGCAGGGUGCUGUACCGGCGCUGCUGGCUGAGGUUCUGCGACAACAGUACGGUGACCAUGUGCCUUAUCAAUGCCACCAAAAGAAGCUGCAAAAGUAUAUUCUGCUUUGCGGACAGGAGAUUACAGGUGGCUUGCGUGACAAGCCCGGUAAGCCGCGUGAUCACUACCACUCAUGUUAUUGUCUAAGCGGUCUUUCAGUUGCUCAGCACGGAGAUGCCGCAGGUGAACCAGUCGUGUAUGGAGAUGCGUCCAACCUGGUGAAGCGCACUCACCCUGCGUAUAACAUUGGCUACGACAAGGCCAUAAAGACGAUCGAAUACUUCAAAGCAAAAGGCCCUUUUCAGCCUGAGUAG